AUAUAUAAAAAAUGAUCUAGGGUUUCCGACUUCCUCAGUUGGUUUAGGAGGCAGAGUUAGUCAUGGGAAAGACUCGGGGCAUGGGAACAGGGCGUUGUGUACCCAUUAGGACACAACGUUGCCGUCGUCCUACAUUCAAAGAACGUAGCUUCCGACGAAUGAGAUUGGCCGCACUACGUAAAGAAGCCUCGUUGCGGAUCCAAUCAGAUAAGAGUCUGAAGGGAAUUGAUCAGGAUCAGACCACUCUUGUCUCCGGAAUUGAAAUUCAGGCAAAGUUGUCGCCUGAUGUUUUUAGUAGCACCUCGAAGCCUCAGACGCCAUCAUCAAGCUCGGACGUUAUGAAGAAAACACUAGGUUCUCAAGUCUCUUUGCUACGUUGUUCUGCCUGUAUGCAAAUAAUCCCUUCUGAUAAGGGAUCUUCUGAUCAGGAUCAGACCCCUCUUGUCUCCAAAAUUGAUAUUCAGGAAAAGCCGUCGUCUGAUAUCGUUAGUAGCACCUCCAAGACUCAUGAAGGUAAGCAUCUCCGAUCAAGUUCAAAGAUGCCCAAAGCUUUUCUAAAGACAAAGAAGAACAAGAAGAUGAAGAAGAGCUCACGCAAAGCUGUAUCCACCACCUAAGUUACCACCAGUCUCUUUUUUUUUUGUGUACCUUCUUAUGCUUAAUCACGACUGUUUUUAAAAA